AUGAAGCUUAUCGUCGCCGGCUCGACCGGCUUCGUCGCUACGGAGGUCAUCCGGCAAGCUCUCUUUUAUCCCGCCGUCACAUCCAUUGUGGCCCUCGCGCGCCGCGAGACCACCAUUCCCCAGAACGUGGGGCCCGACGCUGACGCAGCGAAGCUCAAAUCCGUCGUUUGCGAGGAUUUUGGAAACUAUCCAGAGAGUGUAAAGAAAGAGCUUGCUGGGGCCGACGCCUGCAUCUGGCUCAUCGCUGUGACGCCGUCCAAACAGAAUAAGAUGCCGUGGGGGGAGGUGCGGAAGAUUUGCCUUGACUACACGGUGACGGGAAUCGAAACCAUGGGGCAGAUGCCGCGGGCCUCCACAGACAAACCCUUCCGCUUCAUCUACACCAGUGGCGCCCACAGCGAACGGGACCCAAGCAAGAAACCUUGGUUGUUGGGCGACUACUGUGUGAUGCGGGGGGAAGCUGAGUCCCGUGUCCUAGGCUAUGCCAAAAAGUCUGGAGGUGCCAUAGAAGCGUGUGUGGCGAAGCCCGGGCUGAUCGACGCACCAGGUCGGACAGGAAUGGUGAUGAACGCUGUCCGGACUGUCGGCUGCAGCAUUAUCGGUCUUCCCAGGGUCGACGUGAGCGAGGUAGCGGCGACGCUACUAGACCAGGCGAUAAAGGGGUUUGAGAAGGAAACGCUGCUCAAUGAAGACUUGGUCAGGAUUGGGCAAAAGGCGUUAGCAGACCAGCAAAAAGACUCAUAA